UUAAUCCCUCAUACCGAGGUACAGAAUUUGAACAUUGUACUGAGAAUUUGAAAGGACUUUGAGUUUUAAAAUAUUAUUAUUUGAGGGUCUCAUUGGUACCUGGAUGGGAAAUAAAGAAAUAUACAUCAUCUUCACUUUACUACAUCAGCAAGGUCUUAUCUGAGCCAUCUACAUUGCAAGUUCAAGAUAUUCAAUCUAGAGAGCCUUCAACUUUCAACCAAGCGAAAAUGCGUCCUAUCUCACUCAUCACAGCUGUCAUUCUCCCUCUCGCCUUUGCGGCGCCUGUCCCUGAAAAGGCCCUCAUUGACGCUGGCCUGGGCCAAUUCGCCACUCCCGCCGACAUAGCAUACAUCAAUGACGCUAUAGCCGCUGCGGAAGCUGCCGCCGCCGCCACGCAGAAAGCUGGUGGUUCUAGCAAGAGACAGGGUUCGGGAUUAGGAUCAAUAACGGGUGCAUUAGAUCCCAUUCUUGGUAUACUCGGGAGUUUAGGGCUUGGGGGAGGGUUGAAAGAACGAGAUGAAAUUGUCAAGAGACAAAGUCUUCCUGUUCUUGGAAAUGUUGUUGGGGGUGUUCCUGGAAUUGCAACUGGACGGGGAUCACGAAUAAUUUACCAGUUGUAG